UCUCAUGAUGCAGAGACUAUGCCUAGGAAUACUGAUAUACAGCCCGAUAAUGAUCAGCCUACUAUGAUUGAGAUUGAAAAAACUCAAUGGCGGUCAAGUAUGUAUGGUAUCGACGAAGAAGAUCUGGAAUUGGUGGGCAAUGAUACUGCACCAGUGAUUGAAGAAGAAGAGGGGCUUAGAGAUGUGUCGGUUUCGAACCCAUGGGUUAUUGCAAAAAUGAAUGUCCGGAGCAAACUGCCUUUCGAAUACCAUCAAUUAUUGACGCCAAAAAAAGAUCGCAACGCCCCGAAGUUACCCUUAAAUCUUUCCUCUCCUGCUGCAAGUUCGCACCAGCAACCGCUUUUGACACUGCCUACCCCUCGAACGUCAUCGAGGUCACAAAAAUCUAUACCUUUAACUAGCGAAAAUAUGAUUGCAUCUUCAAGUCCUAUCUCAGCAAAUACAGUCGGCAGAGGCAGCCCGACACGUGGACAUCAAAUGAACAUUUCCACUGAUCAACGAGGCCAAACAGCUCCAGCAUUUGCGGCCUCUCAACGCACGCAGCAGAAUUCAAUGUCUCGCAAACGUACAAGCGAAAGACAUGAAACGGAAAAUCCGAACGACGAGUGGAUGAGACACACUACUCAUGCCAACGUCUCAAACAAGAGGAGACAUUCACAGAAGUACAGCAAUCGGCAAAAUGCUGCUCGCGAUAGGGGCAAGAAGAGUCGUCAGAACACGCAGAAUGGAGCAGACAUUCGCGACUUCUUUAGUAGAGAUACAGAACAGAUGGGGGAAGGUGAAGACUUUGAAUUGCCAUCUUUUACCCCUAUCAAAGGGCGUCCUCGAGCUUCCUUAUCUGAGCUCCAGCAGUCGCAGAGUGAUCGACACGAGUUUGUACAGAAUCCCACCCAGGAAGCGGCAAAUCAGUUAGAGAACCCAUUCAGUGGACCCCAGAGGUCUAUCGCGCAAAGAGCUCCUCCACGUCCAUUUUCAGCAGGCUCUUUUGUAGCAAAUCUUCAGAAUCAGAACUUCCAGAACCCCUCCAUGAUGGCUGACCGACGAUCGAAGGAUGUCCAGAGUUCUUUGAGAUCUUCUAUGACGAAAACUUCAUCAAAAAACCAUGAUGAAAUUUCAGAUCAACUCCAUGCAUAUGCAGAACGUGAGAAUCGAGCUCUUGCAUUACGUUCUUCCCUUCCGCAAUCUUACGCUCGGAUUCCUAUAUUACCAGGGAGGCCUGCAGUCCAAAAUUGCCAACCAUAUAAGCCUUUGGGUGGCCUACAGAGGAGACGGUCGUCUGGAAAGACAUCAAACAAUCUGCCUUCUGAGCACUGCAUCUCUCAUAUUGAGCUACGAAUCAAACGGGAUAUCAAUUGUGUGGCGCGCUCGAUGCAAAUGCUGGACAUGAGCGUACAUGGAGGCAACAGUUUAAAACGGGGUCACAGUGCGACUUUCAACGCUGAACCCAGACAAUCCUUCUCAGCUCCCUUCCACACCGUGCGCUUGUGGUCAGCAAAGAUUUACAAAUUGAUUGACCGAUGUUUCGAGCGAGAGGAUGAUCGUGAUACCGCUUACAUAAAAUUCCACAAUAACAUCUACGAGCGACUUCUGGAGGAGUAUCAUUAUCAGCAACAGGAUGCCUGCACAAAUACUGCAACUGGGGGCACUGCUAUUGAGCAGCUUGUAGCUGCCGCGGCUGCGGACGAAUCACCCCGUCAAGACCGUAUCGAAAACGAGAACAGCUCAUCAGUGAACUUCAUUGGCAGCACCAACUCGCGAAUUGCGAGUCUCAAUGUCAACACGGUUUCACUCAUCGCAAAGUUUGUCGCUAGUGAUAAAACUCAUAACAGGGGAAUACCAUAUGAUCAGAAUGACAGCAUGACGAUUAUUGAUGAACACGGCACUCUACCUGCUAUAAACCAAAUUGAGACGCGGGCACCGACCGAUGCUCAACUCAGUAUGGACGAAAAGGCGGCUCAAAAAGGGUAUGAGAGCGAAUAUGGAGACAUACUGGCGGAGGAUGAGAUGCUGUUUAACAUCUAG